CUGGUCCGGGUACCAGAGCUAGUUUGACGGAAGGAGCGGCGCGGCGGUGGCGGAGGAGAAUGGAGGCGGUCGUAUUCGUCUUCUCUCUCCUUGACUGUUGCGCGCUUAUCUUCCUCUCAGUGUACUUCAUAAUUACAUUGUCUGAUUUAGAAUGUGAUUACAUUAAUGCUAGAUCAUGUUGCUCGAAAUUAAACAAGUGGGUAAUUCCAGAAUUGGUUGGCCAUACUGUUGUCACUGUAUUAAUGCUCAUUUCAUUGCACUGGUUCAUCUUCCUUCUCAACUUGCCUGUUGCCACUUGGAAUAUAUAUCGGUUCAUUAUGGUGCCAAGUGGUAACAUGGGAGUGUUUGAUCCAACAGAAAUACACAAUCGAGGGCAGCUGAAGUCACACAUGAAAGAAGCCAUGAUCAAGCUUGGUUUCCACCUGCUCUGUUUCUUCAUGUAUCUUUAUAGUAUGAUUUUAGCUUUGAUAAAUGACUGAAGCUGGAGAAGCCGUAGUUGAAGUCAGCCUACACUACAGUGCACAGUUGAGGAGCCAGAGACGACUUAAAUCAUCCUUAGAACCAUGACCAUAGCAGUAUAUUUUUUCCUCUUUGAACAAAAAAUAUUUUUGCUGUAUUUUUACCAUAUAAAGUAUUUAAAAAACUUGAA